ACGCCGCCCCCCCCGAUGCGCGGACUACAAAUCCCGGCAAGCCCCGCCGCCGGCACCUCCCCGCCGCGCCCGCCGAGCCCCCCGGCCGUCCCAGCGGCGGGGCUGGGGCUGCGCGCGUGGCCGGGCCGGGCGGGGAGGCCGGUCCCGCGGGCGGGGGCGGCUCCCGGUUCUCCCGCCGCCGCGGCCCAGGGGAGUUUCCAGGAAGUGGCCAUAUUGGAUCCAUUCAGCCGCAGCCGCCCGGGCGCAGCGCGCCCCGCAGCCCGCGCGGACCUCGCCAUGGCGGCCACCGAGCUGGAGCGCCUCCCGAACGCGGAGCCGGAGCCACGGCCCCUCUCCCUGGGCGGCCAUGUGGGCUUUGACAGCCUCCCCGACCAGCUUGUCAGCAAGGCGGUCACUCAGGGCUUCAGCUUCAACAUCCUCUGUGUGGGGGAGACAGGCAUCGGCAAGUCCACCCUGAUGAACACGCUCUUCAACACCACCUUUGAGACCGAAGAGGCCAGUCACCACGAGGAGUGUGUGCGUCUGCGGCCCCAGACCUAUGACCUCCAGGAGAGCAACGUGCACCUCAAGCUGACCAUCGUGGACGCCGUGGGCUUCGGGGAUCAGAUCAACAAGGAUGAGAGUUACAGGCCCAUCGUCGACUACAUUGAUGCGCAGUUUGAAAACUACCUGCAGGAGGAGCUGAAGAUCCGCCGCUCGCUCUUCGACUACCACGACACGAGGAUCCAUGUGUGCCUCUACUUCAUCACCCCCACCGGCCACUCCCUAAAGUCCCUGGAUCUGGUGACGAUGAAGAAGCUCGACAGCAAGGUGAACAUCAUCCCCAUCAUUGCCAAGGCCGACACCAUCUCCAAGAGUGAGCUCCACAAGUUCAAGAUCAAGAUCAUGGGCGAGCUGGUUAGCAACGGCGUCCAGAUCUACCAGUUCCCCACCGAUGACGAGGCUGUGGCAGAGAUCAAUGCAGUCAUGAAUGCACACCUGCCCUUUGCUGUAGUGGGCAGCACCGAGGAGGUGAAGGUGGGCAACAAGCUGGUCCGAGCACGGCAGUACCCUUGGGGAGUGGUACAGGUGGAGAACGAGAACCACUGCGACUUUGUGAAGCUGCGGGAGAUGCUGAUCCGCGUGAACAUGGAGGACCUGCGGGAGCAGACCCACAGCCGCCACUACGAGCUCUACCGGCGCUGCAAGCUGGAGGAGAUGGGCUUCCAGGACAGCGAUGGCGACAGUCAGCCCUUCAGCCUACAGGAGACCUACGAGGCCAAGAGGAAGGAGUUCCUGAGUGAGCUGCAGCGGAAGGAGGAAGAGAUGCGGCAGAUGUUUGUCAACAAAGUGAAGGAGACCGAGCUGGAGUUGAAGGAGAAGGAGAGGGAGCUCCAUGAGAAGUUUGAGCACCUGAAGCGGGUGCACCAGGAGGAGAAGCGCAAGGUGGAGGAGAAGCGCCGUGAGCUGGAGGAGGAGAGCAGCGCCUUUACCCGCAGGAAGGCCGCCGUGGAGGCCCUGCAGAGCCAGGCCCUGCACGCCACCUCGCAGCAGCCGCUGAGGAAGGACAAGGACCGGAAGAAAGCCAGUGGCUGGUCUUCCAUUUACAGUGUCACGAUUCCCUGACGGAGCCACUCUGUGCCACUAGAGAAGGUGCCCGGCAGGCCGGUGAGGCACCCUCCCGAGGGAGGCCUGGACCCCUGGGACCAUGCUGCACAACAGGCCCGAUUCCUUGCCUGUUAAGUUUUCUAACCUAGAGCUUUAUUGCAAUAAUACCUUUUUAAAACACUUCUAAAGUUUUUUUUUAUUUUUGGCACAGUCAACACAAAUAAUAAUCCUCUCCCUCCCAUUAUUUUCUUAAGUAACACAGAUUCCCUGAUUUUUUAAAAACUAAAAAGUGCUCUCAGCCUUUUUUUAUGUAUAAAGUCUCCCUCCUGUCGUCAGGGAGAGGUGAUAAUAAAUGUCCUGUGGUGGCAAUGUUUGGA